AUUUUUAUAUUUAUCCAGUUUUGUUCUCUCUCAAUCCAGUUUCAUUCCACUACCUUAAAAUCUAAAACCUUCAAUCAUUCUUUAACCUCCACCGUUAAUUUCCCAAAUUUAGUGGAAACAGAAAAACCAAAAAAAUACACAAAAAAAGAAAAACACAAAAAUUGGAAGAUGCAGCACAACAUCCUCACCUCGAUCCGUAGUACGAAAAUCACGGAUGGUUGUAAAGGAACUCACGUCUACGCUCUUAACUCCUCCGCCGGCGCCGAUUCUCCGAACACCGGCGGCGGUGGAGAAUCCAUCGGAGAUAAACUCUUUCAUCAUUUAAUAGACCGGUCUAAACAGUCCGGUCGGUUCAAACCGGUUGGAACCAAAACGGCGACUCCCGAUGUCGUUUUGGAGGGUCUACUCCCUUGUGGCCUCCCCUCCUCGGAGGCUCUAGAGCCUUCAAUUGAGCCUUGCUUGAAGCCUAUUGAUUUGGUUGAAACGCUUGCCGGUGUGUAUCGCCGGAUCGAGAGUUCGGGGGAGGUUGAGAAAUCGGAGGCUUUUUUGGAGCAGUGCUCCGUGUUCAAGGGGUUGCCUGAUGUUAAAUUGUUCCGGCGGUGUCUCCGGUCGGCGCGGCAGCAUGCUGUGGAUGUGCAUUCGAAGGUUGUGUUGGCUUCUUGGUUGAGGUAUGAGAGGAGAGAGGAUGAACUUGUUGGAUCUUCAGCGAUGGAUUGUUGUGGAAGAAACCUUGAAUGUCCUAAGGCUAGUUUGGUUACGGGGUAUGAUCCUGAAUCUGGUUUUGAUCAUUGUUUGUGUUAUAGGAAAGAUGUUAUUAUUGUUGAUAAUGAUGAAUGUGAAUGCUCAACUUCUUAUGGAGAUGAGGAUGAUGAUAGUGGUGAUAGUGAUUACAAUGAUAUGUAUUUUUGUAUAGGUGAGAGUGAUAUUAGGUGUAAUAGAUACGCAAUGGCCUCACUUUCGAGGCCUUUUAUGGCAAUGUUGUAUGGGGGAUUUGUUGAGUCUAGGAGGGAGAGGAUAAAUUUCUCUCUGAAUAGUGUUAAUGUUGAGGUGAUGAUGGCUGUUGAGGUUUUUAGUAGAACCAAGAGGUUGAGUCAGUUUCCGAAUAAUGUUGUCCUAGAGAUGCUUUCUUUUGCGAAUAGGUUUUGUUGUGUGGAGAUGAAGUCUGCUUGUGAUGCUCGUUUGGCUUCUUUGUUAUUCGACAUGGAUGAUGCAUUGUUGUUGAUUGAGUAUGGACUGGAGGAGAAUGCAUAUCUACUAGUGGCAGCUUGCUUGCAGGUGUUUCUCAGAGAGCUCCCUAGUUCGAUGCACCGUUUGAGUGUUCUGAAACUGUUUUGUAGUGUAGAGGGCAGGGAUAGGUUGGCCUCGAUAGGGCAUGUGUCCUUUUCGUUAUAUUGUUUUUUGAGUCAGGUUGCGAUGGAAGAAGAUGUUAAAUCUACCACGUCUGUAAUGCUCUUAGAGAGGUUAGGAGAAUGUGCGGCGAGUGGUUGGCAGAAGCAACUUGCUUAUCACCAAUUAGGCGUUGUGAUGCUUGAGAGAAAAGAAUACAAAGAUGCACAACAUUGGUUUGAGGCUGCUCUUAAGGAAGGACAUAUUUAUUCUUCAGUGGGUGUCGCAAGAGCCCAAUAUAAACGUGGGCACACAUAUGCCGCAUACAAAAUGAUAAACUCCCUUAUUUCUGAUCAUAAACCUGUUGGUUGGAUGUAUCAGGAAAGGUCUUUGUAUUGCAUUGGGAAGGAAAAGAGUAUGGACUUGGUCUCUGCAACUGAAUUAGAUCCAACUCUUUCUUUUCCAUACAAACACCGGGCUGUUUUUAUGGUGGAGGAGAAUAACAUUGGAGCUGCCAUUUCUGAAAUCAAUAAAAUAAUUGGUUUCAAGAUUUCUCCUGACUGCCUUGAAUUGAGAGCUUGGUUCUUGAUUGCCAUGAAGGAUUAUGAAGGAGCCCUCAGGGAUGUCAGAGCAAUUUUGACAUUGGAUCCAAAUUAUAUGAUGUUCUAUGGGAAUAUGCAAGGCAAUCGCUUGGUAGAACUCCUCCGCCCUGUCGCCCAGCAGUGGAAUCAGGCUGAUUGUUGGAUGCAAUUGUAUGACAGAUGGUCUUCCGUUGAUGAUAUUGGUUCUUUGGCUGUUGUACACCAGAUGUUAGAAAAUAACCCAGGGAAAAGUGUUUUACGCUUUCGGCAAUCUCUACUUCUGUUACGGUUCAAUUCUCAAAAGGCAGCAAUGCGUAGUUUGCGUCUGGCUAGAAAUCAUUCUUCUUCAGCACAUGAAAGACUUGUCUAUGAAGGAUGGAUAUUGUAUGACACUGGUCACCGUGAAGAAGCUAUAGCGAAGGCCGAGGAAUCAAUUUCUAUUCAAAGGUCAUUUGAAGCUUUCUUUCUCAAAGCUUAUGCAUUAGCUGACUCAUGUCUUGAUUCCGAGUCUUCAAAGAGUGUGAUUGAUCUCUUGGAGGAAGCUCUUAAAUGCCCUUCAGAUGGUCUUCGGAAAGGACAGGCUCUAAACAAUUUAGGGAGUAUAUAUGUAGACUGCGAUAAGCUAGAACUUGCUGCUGACUGCUACAAGCAUGCGCUUAACAUCAAGCAUACACGAGCGCAUCAGGGGUUGGCACGUGUAUAUCAUCUUCAAAAUCAGCACAAAGCAGCAUAUGAUGAGAUGACAAAGCUAAUAGAAAAGGCCCAGAAUAAUGCAUCAGCUUAUGAGAAACGUUCAGAAUAUUGCGACCGUGACAUGGCAAAGAGUGAUCUUAGUUUGGCAACACAGUUGGAUCCUCUAAGGACAUAUCCAUACAGAUAUAGGGCGGCAGUCUUAAUGGACGAUCAUAAGGAAGCUGAAGCAAUAGUAGAGCUUUCAAGAGCCAUCAACUUCAAGCCAGAACUACAACUGUUACAUCUUCGAGCGGCAUUUUAUGAUUCAAUGGGUGAUUUUGUUUCUACUGUCCGAGACUGUGAAGCCGCCCUUUGUCUUGAUCCUAGCCAUGCUGAGAUGUUAGAGCUUUGUAAUAAAGCCCGGGAGCAAAUUAAGGAUAGAAAGUGAGAAAAAGAAGUCAACAAUCAUGUUUUCCAUUAUGAGGACAGGCCUACUCAUGAAAACCAAUACUUCUUCAAAAUGUAUGACCCAUCUGUGCUAUUUAUCUACUGGAUGUUGUCACGAGGAAAGGUGUCGUGUGUAUUGUUUCGGCCGACCUUCUGGAUGCUGAAUCACAGAAGGGAAAAUGUGAGUUAGAAAGAUAAUCUGGAUUGAAAUUGAAGGGGAAGUAGAGGAGCAGAAUCACUUGUAAAUAUAUGUAAUGAAUCAUGUUUUUGUCAGCUUACGGCUCAAGUAGUGCAGAUGCUGCUGCUAUUCUCCAAUCUGCCAUGUUACCAAGAAUGGUGACAACAAGAAGUUACCACAAAAUUAGACUAAACUUGUACAUGAUAGUCAAUUUGUUGUGCAACAGUUUUAGAUAUUUACAACUAUAUUAUUGACUAAUCAGUCACCAAUGUAAGUUGUGUUGUAAUAUUUUCACUGUCUUCAAUUUGUUGUAUAAAUACACAAAUUUCCCUUUCAAUCGCCAUUGUACUUUUGAUGAGUUAUCCAAAUCCAGCUAUGAAAAUUUUCAUCUGUUCAAUUCCUCGACA